CAUCCAUCAUCAUCAUCACCAGCCAGCAGAUAGAGAGAGCACGGCGACACGUGUCGGCCCACAUUCCCUUCGGGCCCGCCCCACAUCCCACCUUCCGUCUUCAGCCUUCUCUUCUCCUGCAUAAAUAAGGCAAUGUGGAUCGGCUUCAUCUGAAGUUCUAUUUCAGUUUGAUUUGAGGCGGAAAGCGAUGGCGGCGAUAGGGAAGACGGUGCUUGACAAAGGGUGGUUAGCGGCUAGAUCCACUGAGGUCGACCUCACCGGAGAGCAGCUCACCACCGGCGAUCCUCCCUCCGUCGCGGAUCCCAGGCCCCCAUGGAUGGAAGCAUCUGUUCCCGGAACUGUUCUGGGAACUCUACUGAAGAACCGACUAAUACCAGAUCCUUUCUAUGGCCUGCAAAAUGAGUCCAUCUUGGAUAUUGCUGAUUCAGGAAGGGAAUACUAUACCUUUUGGUUUUUCACAAGCUUUGAAUGCAAACUGUCAAAAAAUCAACAUGUGGAUCUAAAUUUCCGGGCUAUAAAUUAUUCUGCUGAAGUGUAUUUGAAUGGACACAAGGAGGUCCUGCCGAAGGGAAUGUUUCGUAGACAUUCAAUCGAUAUUACUGAUUUUCUGCACCCAGAUGGUAAAAAUCUGCUUGCUGUGAUUGUUCACCCUCCUGAUCAUCCUGGAAAGAUUCCUCCUGGAGGUGGGCAAGGUGGCGAUCAUGAGAUAGGGAAAGAUAUUGCUGCACAAUAUGUUGAAGGAUGGGAUUGGAUGGCUCCCAUCAGGGAUAGGAAUACGGGAAUCUGGGAUGAGGUGUCCAUUACAGUAACAGGGCCUGUGAAGAUUGUGGAUCCCCACUUGGUCACUACAUUCUUCGACGACUAUAAAAGAGUAUAUCUACACACCACAACUGAGUUAAUUAAUAAAAGUGCCAAGGAAGCCGAGUGUUCUUUAAACAUCCAAGUUUCUACUGAACGUGAAGGAAAUGUUUGCUUAGUAGAGCAUCUUGAUACACUACAAAUUUCUCUUUCUCCCGGAGAACAUGCUCAAUAUACAUUUCCUCAGCUUUCUUUCUACAAGCCAACUUUGUGGUGGCCUAAUGGCAUGGGGAAACAAUCUCUAUAUAAUGUUGAAAUAACAGUAAAUGUGAAAGACCAUGGAGAGUCUGACACGUGGAGCAACCAUUUUGGCUUUCGCAAAAUUGAAAGCACCAUAGAUAGUUCUACAGGUGGAAGACUGUUUAAGGUCAAUGGCCAGCCUAUAUUUAUUCGCGGGGGCAAUUGGAUUCUCUCGGAUGGUUUAUUACGGCUUUCGAAGGAAAGAUACAAGGCAGAUAUUAAAUUUCAUGCCGAUAUGAACUUUAACAUGAUCCGUUGCUGGGCCGGGGGAUUGGCGGAAAGACCAGAUUUUUAUUACUACUGUGAUUUAUACGGCUUGCUGGUUUGGCAAGAGUUCUGGAUUACUGGAGACUGUGAUGGACGAGGCGACCCCGUGUCAAAUCCAGAUGGACCAUUGGACCAUGACUUGUUCUUGUUUUGUGCAAGAGAUACUGUCAAGCUCUUGAGGAAUCAUCCAAGUCUCGCUUUGUGGGUUGGGGGAAAUGAACAAGUGCCACCAUCUGAUAUCAAUGAAGCUUUAAAGAAUGACCUACAACUCCACCCAUAUUUUAAGGAUUCCAGUGAAGGACACGUUGUGAAGGACCCAAGCGAAUAUCUUGAUGGCACGCGUGCUUAUGUACAGGGAUCCAUGUGGGAUGGAUUUGCUGAUGGGAAAGGGAACUUUACAGAUGGUCCUUAUGAAAUCCAGAAUCCGGAAGACUUCUUCAAAGACGACUAUUAUGCUUAUGGGUUCAAUCCUGAGGUUGGCUCCGUCGGGGUGCCAGUGGCAGCUACUAUUCGUGCAACGAUGCCUUUAGAAGGGUGGCAGAUUCCUUUGUUUAGAAAACUAUCGGAUGGGUAUGUAAAGGAAGUCCCCAACCCAAUAUGGGAGUACCACAAAUACAUUCCAUAUUCUAACCCAGAAAAGAAGGUCCAUGACCAGAUUUUACUGUAUGGGACACCAAAUGAUCUUGAUGACUUUUGUCUUAAGGCACAAUUAGUGAACUACAUUCAAUAUAGAGCUCUGCUGGAAGGUUGGACGUCCCGUAUGUGGACCAAAUAUACAGGUGUUUUGAUAUGGAAAACACAAAAUCCGUGGACAGGCUUAAGAGGUCAAUUCUAUGAUCAUCUCCAUGAUCAAACAGCAGGGUUUUAUGGUUGCCGCUGUGCUGCCGAACCAGUUCAUGUUCAGCUUAAUCUGCAUACAUAUAUGAUAGAGGUGGUAAACACUACCUCCCAACAGCUUUCUGAAGUUGCUAUUGAAGUCACUGUUUGGGAUCUGCAAGGAGAGUGUCCGUACUACAAAGUCUCUGAAAAGCUAAAUGUACCACCCAAACAAACAAUGUCCACAUUUGAGAUGGAAUACCCUAAGCAGGAGAACGCAAAGCCGGUUUACUUUCUUCUUCUCAAGCUCUACAAUGUUUCAGAUCAGACCAUAUUAUCUCGGAACUUUUACUGGCUGCAUCUCUCUAUUGGUGAUUAUAAGCUCUUGGAAUCUUACAGGGAGAAGAAAAUACCCCUCAAAGUAACUUCCCAAACUCUUAUCAACAAGUCUAGCUACGAGAUGCGGUUGGUCAUUGAGAACACAUCAAAGAAGCCUGAAUCUGCAUUCCUUGAAAACAACCGUGUCACUUUACACAACAGGAGUAAUGAUUCAGAUGCAUUUUCGCAACCAGCUGAGUAUAAUAAUCUCACAAGUGGGGAACGCGAAACCAGUUUUUAUCAAAAGCUGUGGAGGAUGGUUGUUGGGGAACACAGCAACGUGAAGGUUUCAAAAACAGAGGGAACUGCCGAGGCAGGGGUUGCUUUCUUCCUCCAUUUCUCAGUUAACAAAGCUUCUUCGAACGAAAGUCCCAAGAACGAAGACACACGCAUUCUACCAGUUCACUACUCGGACAACUAUUUCUCACUGGUACCUGGUGAAGUGAUUAAAAUAACACUUUCGUUUGAAGUUCCUCCAGGUGUGACCCCAAAAGUUACACUGCGCGGCUGGAACACCCAGGUCAUGCAUAUAGAUCUUUGAGCCCACCAAAACAACCAUACCGGCUCGAUUGCCCUGGUAAAUAUAGAUCUUUUCUCUUUGUUAUACUGUGUAUAUUGUCAAAAUUAUGGAUGCAGGCUGAGGUGAGGUGAGAAGAUAUGUGCAAUAUUGUAUAAUAAGGCUGCAAGUUAAUUAAUAAGAAUCUGCCAUGCCUACAAUGCAGCAUAAAUAAUGCAUCUGUGAAUAUGAAGCUGUUUGCUAUUAAAGACUUUGUGCGAAUUGUCAAAUUGUAGAUGAGUAUUUACACUGUUGAAGUGCAUUCCUGGGAUUGGUAGCAUUG